AUGGCGUUCCUCUUCAAGUCCAAGAAGCACCAGGACCGCACGGUAACCAGUCGCGACGGCAGCUCGGGUUCUCAGGGGUCCAUCCAGAACGCCCCCGGGCGCGCCGUUGCCAAAGACGACAAGGCAGCAUUGCAGCGCGCGACGCCGACGGGAAGCCUGCAUUCGAUCGACAAUGACGCCGGCACCGCCAGUCCGGAUCAUGGCCAGUCCCAUGUCCGCCGGGCAGGCAGCGUGGACACGCCGCCGACGAGCGAUUUGCCUCUUCGGAACCCGCCUCCCGUGAGCAACAACAACGCCUCGCUCUAUCCCUGGUCGCAGCGCCGGUUGACAUACACUUCAUCCCAUCCGAGCCCGUUUCCGCGAUAUGGCGCCGCCGUCAACGCAGUCGCCUCCAAGGAAGGAGAUGUUUACAUGAUGGGUGGUUUGAUCAACAGCUCAACCGUGAAAGGCGAUCUCUGGAUGAUCGAGGCUGGCGGUAGCGCCAACUGCUACCCUCUGGCGACAACCGCUGAGGGCCCAGGGCCUCGAGUUGGCCAUGCCAGUUUGCUGGUUGGCAACGCCUUCAUUGUUUAUGGUGGUGAUACGAAAAUUGACGACAACGACAUCUUGGAUGAGACACUAUAUUUACUUAAUACUUCAACACGGCAUUGGUCCCGUGCCCUACCUGCAGGCCCGCGUCCGUCGGGGCGAUACGGCCAUUCUCUCAACAUUCUUGGCUCCAAGAUCUACAUCUUUGGUGGUCAGGUUGAAGGGUUCUUUAUGAACGAUCUCUCCGCGUUUGAUCUCAACCAACUGCAGUCGCCAACGAACCGAUGGGAGAUUCUUCUCAAAGCAGAGGCGAGCCCCAAGAUGCCCGCCGCCCGAACGAAUCACUCCAUGGUGACGUUCAAUGACAAGAUGUACCUGUUUGGUGGAACCAACGGCUUCCAAUGGUUCAAUGACGUCUGGUGCUACGACCCUGCAGUCAACAAGUGGGCGCAGCUGGACUGCAUUGGCUACAUACCUGCGCCUCGCGAGGGCCACGCUGCUGCUCUGGUGGACGAUGUCAUGUAUAUCUUCGGAGGUAGAACUGAGGAGGGUACGGAUUUGGGCGAUCUCGCCGCGUUCCGCAUCACGCAGCGGAGGUGGUAUACUUUCCAGAACAUGGGCCCUUCUCCCUCCGCUCGGUCCGGCCACAGCAUGACGACGGUUGGAAAGUCCAUUGUGGUGCUUGGCGGAGAACCUAGCACUGCUUCUUCGUCUACCAACGAUCUUGGAAUCCUCUAUGUCUUGGAUACUACUAAGAUUCGGUAUCCUAAUGAUGCUCCAGGAGGUCCCCAGAGGAUCCCCCAGGCCCGGCGACCUAGCGAUGCAGCGAACCCUAACAGACAGCCACCACUGCGCGAUGUGUCCAACGGAGGAGCCCCCCCUGACUCCGGGAAUGCGAUAGUCGGCGGCCCAUCAAGCAUUAGCGGUCCCCAAGGUCGGAGAACUGCUUCAGGCGGUAUGGAUCCAACGCCUCAUGGAGGACCCCCGGGUCCCGGAAACAAGAUGCAGAUGCCCAGAGGCUCUGCGACUGCUAGUCCAUCUGGACCGCCUCCGCAGGGUCCUACUCCCGCCAAGCCUGGCCCCGACCCGUCUGCCGUGGGACGUGUUCGAGGUGCGUCGGUUGAUCGCGCGGCGGCGACGGGCUCGCCACAGAUGGGAGCCGCCCCGUCACCAAUAGCCCGCGAGACGAUACCCGAGGGCGAGGCGACCACGCCCACACCUUCAAGCCAUAUGUCUGCCGCGGGCGGUCCCAUCAACGACCGACGAGGCCCGUCUACGCCUACCCAAGUGUCAAGGACAGGCUCAAGGCAGAGCUCCGUGGGUGGGGAACCUCCCAGGGGCAAGCCUCACGCGUCGCACAGAGCGGCCCCUGAAGGGAUGCAAAGGCCUGCGCCAAACCGACCAGCAUCGCCGCCGCAUUCAGCACCCAAGCCGAUGAGCGCCUCGCUGAACCGACGUUCGUCUGGCCGGAAUUCCCAAACCGUGGCCCUCCUAAAGGAGCUUGAUAAUGCUCGGAACCGCAAUGCGUGGUAUGCUUCAGAGCUCGAGCUGGCCAGGAAAGCGGGCUAUGUUCCCAACGCUUCCAUGGGACCUGCACUGGACGGAAAGGCUGUGGAGUCCUUCGAUGACGAGGACCGACCCUUGAUUGAGGCCCUUCUAGCUAUGCGGACAGAGUUGGCGAACGUGCAGAAUGCUGUGGAUAAGCAGGCCAUUGUCGCUGCUAAGCAGAUUGCUGAAGCGGAAAGGCAGCGAGACGUCGCCAUUCAAGAAGCAGUCUAUGCCAAGGCCAAGCUGGCCGCGCAGAGCGGUGGCAGCGCAUCUAGCACGCCCCAGCCCGAUGGCGAGCGAGACGAGUUUGGUGCGCGAUCAGCAGAACUGAGCAGGAAGCUGGCGUCUGCCCUCAACCACCAAAAGAGUCUCCAGUCGCAGUUGGAGUCGGCAAAGUCCGAGCUCGAUGCUGAGAAGAGAGCUCGUAAGCUUGCUGACGACACAACAGCGGCCAUCCAAAAGCGCAUGAUGGAUCUGGAGGCGUACAAGCAGCAGACGUCUGGAGAAGUCGAGCGUCUAAAGGCAGAGCUUCACUUUGCGCAGCGCGAAGCCCGGGAGCAGGCAAUGGCCAGCACCGAGGCUGUGACCGCUCUGGAGCUGCUCAAGGUCGAAAAGGAGGCCCUCUCAAGAAAACUUGACGAAGUUGCCGACUCAACCAAUGAUCGGGAGGAGACAUUUGAAUCUCUCAGGGCCGCCAUUGUAGCGUCGCAGGACGCAAGCGCCCAUCUCGAGACCAAGCUUGAGGAGGAGAGAGCCCAGAGAGAGAAGGUUGAAGGCAAGCUGAGCAAGCUCAAGGCCGAGCACGAAGCGCGCACGGCAGAACUCGUGGCUGUGAGCCAACGCCUGCGAGAUGCUGAAGAGCUUGCCGAGAAGCAUGCCACCGAAGCACGAACCCAUCGGGAAGCUGUUCUGUCUGGGCUCCAGAAGCUCGCACUGAAAGACGAGUCGGUUACGCACAAUGCAGAUGCCGAGCGCGCGGUUGCGCUCCAGAACCAGCUCGCUGCUGCGAACGCCUUGGUCAAGAAGUAUCAGCAGGAGGCAGAUAUUGCUGCUGAUAGACUGCGUAGCGCGGAAGAGCGCAUUGCCGGUCUCGAGCAGUACCAGGAGCAGUCCAGCCGCGAAGGUGUUGGCAUUCGUCGACAGCUCCAGUCCGCUUUGCGGGAGAACCAGAGCCUCCAGGCCGCUCAUUCCGACCUCAAGAACCAAUUGGCCGCCCAGCAGCUCGAAACCAACGCAAUGACUGUGCAGCACAACGCCCUCAGGGAUAUUCUCAUCGAGCGAGGCAUCAGCCCUACCGGUGCUGUUCGAUCGCGUGGCCUUCAGAGCCCACGAACAAACUCUCCGGAGCAGCAAAGCCGCCUGCGCGAGCUCGAGGCUCAGCUGGCCAGCAUCAGUGCCGCUCAUGAAGAGGCCAAGCAGACAUUCGCCAUCCAAGCCCAGGAUUCUGAAACUGCGUAUCGUGAGAAGCUCUCGCAGCUGGAGAGUGAUUAUCAAUCGGCUGUGCAUUAUGUCAAGGGAACGGAGAAGAUGCUGAAGCAGCUCCAGGAGCAGCUGGCCCGCUACAAGACGGAGAAUGGCCGCUUGAAAUCGGAUAUUGUGGAGCUUGAGGAUCGACUGAACGCCGGCCCAGGCGAGCCUGGUUCGGCCGGGUGGGAUAAGGAGCGUGCUGACCUUCAGAUCAAGAUAUCUAGCCUCGAAGCCGAGUUCCAUGACUCCGCCGCCCAGCUUGAAAAGAACCUUGAAAACCUAAAAGCUGAGCUGGCAGAGAGUCAGCGGCAACGGGACGAGGCCACAAAAUCCCUGGCCACGCAGCGCAAGGAGCUGGAGCAGCUGCAGUCUGAGAAUGCCCUCCUCGAGCAACGCGCAUCUGACGCCGAGCAGAAGGUCUCGCUUCUGCUGGACCAAGUCGAGCACUCUGUCGACACCUAUCGUCGCCGCAGCCGAAACGUCGUCAGCAUAAACGCCGAAGGGUUGGCAGCCGCCAAUGGCUUGGGCCUCAGCGGCCUCAGUAGCCUCUUGGGCCACCACCGCCAUGAAAGCUCUGACGGCGAGAGUAUGUAUGGGGACAAUGCGGGCAACAGGAAUAGCGCUGCGCUUGACAACCUGGCCAGCGAGCUCGAGACUCUGCGGAACCACUGGGAGACGACGAACAAGAAUUACCGCCUGAGCACAAACUUUGAUUUCGAUUCUGCCAACCCCCCCAAGAGGGAGGAUGACACCCCUACCGGCUUGGGCAUGGGCGGUAGCAUUGCGGAAUGGAGGAAGCGACUCGACACGGAGAACCACCCUGACACGGAUCAGCCCAAGCAAGGCUGA